UCGUCAUCUGUGAACUAAUUUGUGCACAUACUCGAACAGCAACGCUGAUUGACAAAUGUCCUAGAUAUCAACGAGUCUCUGCUCUUGAAGGGGAGCAUGCCCGAUUAAGAUGCAGAUUCUGCAAUGGAGGCACUCCAAUGGACAAUAAUGAUCUUCAAACAUAUGGACUGAAUAUCACUUGGUUUAAAGACACUUCAGAACAUGGUCCUAUGGAACUGAGACUAGGAGAAAAGAGAAGAAUUACUUCUGAAGGAACCUUGUUAGAAUUUUGGCCUGUAAUGGUUAACGACACUGGGAAAUAUUCUUGUCAUCUCUUUAAUGGAUCUCAUGAUGUAGGACAGAUGAAGACUUCACUCACUGUUGCUCGGUCGGAUGAAGCAUGUUAUGAUGAAGGACAUUUAUAUGAGCAAACAUGUCACGUGGGAGUUUCUAUUACUUUGCCUUGUCCAGACAUGAAUGCAUACAAGGACAAUGAAGAAAAUAUUGUAUGGUAUAAGGAUUGUCAGACACAGGUCCACACAGGUGCUUUCUAUCUCAUUGAAAAGCUCGAAAAAGACAACGCUGGAUAUUACACUUGUAAACUUUCUUUAGAUAAUGCUGGAAUUCAAUAUAACAUUACAAGGACAUGGAAUUUGACGCUGGAAGAUGCCAUUGAUCUAUCCAAACCGAAAUUAGUUUACCCUCAUCAAGAACGUAUUGUCGUUGAUAUAGGUGAAAAUCGAACCUUUGAAUGCAAAGUUGUUGCCCAGCCAGAUGAUCUAAUUCAGAUAGCUUGGAAAUCUAAUGGUACCCUCAUCAAGGACUGCAACCAAAAUGAGUCAGUGUGUACAAGGAAAACGCUUGAAGGAAGCGGAAUAAUUGUAAAGCCACUCGUGUUCAACAGUAUCAAAAAAGAGCAUUUGAAUCGACCCUUUAAAUGUAUUCUAUCUUUAGAAGGAUCACUUACACAUGGACAAAUCAUUCUGCAAGAAAAAGAGAAUAGUGAUAUUGGUAGAAUAAUCAAACCACUAUUUGGUGUCAUUGUGAUUAUCAUCAUUGUGGCAGCUCUUUGUAUCCAGUACAAGGUCGAAAUCGUUCUUUUAUUCAGGGAGCUCAUGGGCAGCGAUGAAACUCUGGGAGAUGGCAAAGAAUAUGAUGCAUAUGUGCUGCUCCUUAAAAGUGGCAAGACUCUGGUCAAUGCUGAGGAAGAACAACAGUUUGCGUUGGAGUUACUGCCUUCAGUUCUUGAACAGCAAUUUGGUUAUCAACUGUGUAUUUUCGAACGGGAUGCUCCUCCCGGAGGAGCUUCUGCGGAUUAUGUAUUGUUGUCCAUUAAAAAAUGCCGAAGAUUAAUUAUAAUACUCUCUGAUGAAUGGAUUGCUGCUGACGAUAGUUCUAUGUAUGAACUCAUGACUGGAUUGCAUCAAGCCUUGGUUGAAAGAAUAAUAAAACCAAUACUUAUUGAAUUUAAACCAAUAAAAAACUACAAGAUAUUACCGGAAUCUCUACAACUAAUUUGUAAAUCAAAGAAAAUGGUGAAGUGGAGAGGAACUAAAUCUGUCUCCAAGAAGUCGUACUUUUGGAAGAAGAUGCGUUAUCUCAUGCCAGCAAAACUGGCUAACUAUUCAGAGCAUGAAACCGAAACUUUGGGAAAAAAACUUUGAAACAAAAUCUAAAUGAAACUGUAUAUAACUUCAGUAACUUAGAAAGUUUGGUUGAUUGAUAGAAGUGUGUCUGUCUUGUUCAUUGGCUAGCACUCUCCGGUCUGAGUCAGAUGGUUGUGGAUUCAAUAACCAUUUCAGUACCCAACUGGGAGUUGAGCUGGGAACUGAAAGGCAAUUCCAGUCUAGUUUGCAUCUUGGAUGUGCCAUCCUUCAAAUUAGAUGUUCAGUUGAGGUUUGAUCUACCAAUUG